CGCAAAACAAAAACAAAGAAUAUCACCAGAGUUCCAAAUCUGCCCCGACAUCUUCGUCGGAAUCUUGCCAAAUCAUCCCGACUACUCCUGCUCCAUUUCCGGGUCAUUUUUAUUUUUUGGUUUCGUCCGGCCGGCACAGCAGCCUGCUUUGCUCGCGAUCGACCAGUGUUUUCCUGGUUGCUCAUCCCCUCCACCCCACCUUGUGGCCCCGUGUCCGGCUCUCCAACCGCAACGGCGACGGCGAGGAGUUCCACCCCUUGGCCGCCUAUGAAAUGAUGUGCUCUUGAUGCGGUUUACGGCCACGAAGAAAUUACUGAACCGAACCAAGGCGCACUCGAAUUCCCUCAGGAUUAACCCCGCUUCGAUGUGAAGCGACGCAGAGCAGAGCAGAGCGCCAAUUUAUGGUCUUCUCCUUCUCCCCAUCAUCUGGACAGCAGGAAGAAGGCAUCCAUGGGCGCCGCUCGUACGGCGGCGCCGGUCUUUAUGCUGCUGCUGCUGCUCCACCUGUCGCCGCGCGCGGUUGCUGCCGGGACAGGCGACGAGGCAGCGGCGCUGCUCGCGUUCAAGCGCGCCUCCGUAGCCGCCGACCAGGCCGGCAGGCUCGCGAGCUGGGCGGAGCCCAACUCGACCUCCGGCUCCGCCUCGCCGUGCGAGUGGGCCGGCGUCUCGUGCGUGGGCGGCCACGUCCGUGCGCUCGACCUCAGCGGCAUGUCCCUCGUCGGCCGCCUCCACCUAGACGAGCUGCUCGCGCUCCCGGCGCUCCGGAGCGUCCUCCUCGGUGGCAACGCCUUCCACGGCGACCUCACCCACCGGGCCCCGCCGCGGUGCGCGCUCGUGGACGUGGACCUGUCGUCGAACGCUCUCAACGGGACGCUGCCCCGGGCGUUCCUGGCGUCCUGCAGCAGCCUGCGGCUGCUGAACCUGUCCGGCAACACCUUCACCGGCGGAGGCGGCUUCCCGUUCGCGUCGUCGCUGCGGACGCUCGACGUGUCCAGGAACGAGCUGUCAGACGCCGGCUUGCUGAACUACUCCCUGAGUGCCUGCCACGGCAUUCGGCACCUGAACCUCUCGGCCAACCAGCUCACCGGAGAGCUCCCACCACGGUUCGCGCAGUGCAGCCAGGUUUCUGUUCUUGAUCUCUCAGGGAACCUCAUGUCCGGCGCCCUCCCCGGCAGGCUCUUGGCCACGGCGCCGGCCAGUUUGACACGCCUGAGCAUCGCUGGGAACAACUUCUCCGGGGACAUCUCCAGGUAUCAGUUUGGUGGCUGUGCAAAUCUCUCCGUGCUUGAUCUUUCGUACAACAGACUGAGCGCCACCAUAGGGUUGCCACCGAGUCUUGCCAAUUGCCACCACCUCAGGGAACUAGACAUGUCUGGGAACAAGAUUCUGUCGGGCCGAGUACCGGAGUUCCUGGGGGGCUUCCGAGCAUUGCGGCGACUCGGACUUGCCGGGAACAACUUCACCGAGGAAAUCCCGGAUGAGCUGAGCCUCCUGUGCGGAACGCUGGUUCAGCUAGACUUGUCAAGCAACCAAUUGGUUGGCGGUUUGCCAGCGAGCUUCUCAGGAUGCAGAUCGCUUGAGGUGCUCGAUCUGGGUAGCAACCAGCUGUCAGGUGACUUUGUGAUCACUGUGAUCAGCAAGAUCUCUUCUCUGCGUGUGCUGAGGCUGCCGUUCAACAAUAUCACAGGCACAAAUCCUCUGCCCACGCUAGCAGCUGGCUGCCCUUUGCUUGAAGUCAUUGAUCUCGGGUCUAACAUGCUGGAAGGAGAGAUCAUGCCCGAGCUGUGUUCAUCUUUGCCAUCACUCAGAAAGCUGCUCCUACCCAACAACUACAUCAAUGGAACCGUGCCGCCCUCACUCGGCAACUGCAGUAAUCUGGAGUCACUGGACCUCAGCUUCAACCUCAUGGUUGGUCCGAUCACGCCUGAAGUACUGUUGCUUCCUAAGCUUGUUGAUUUGGUCAUGUGGGCAAACAGUCUCUCCGGUGAGAUACCAGACACGCUAUGCUCCAACAGCACAGCACUGAAGACACUGGUCAUAAGCUACAACAACAUAACCGGAGUGAUCCCUGUCUCCAUCACCAGGUGCGUGAAUCUCAUAUGGCUGUCACUUGCCGGCAACAGCAUGACCGGGAGUGUCCCCGCCGGCUUCGGGAACCUCCAGAAGCUCGCCAUUCUACAGCUGCACAGGAACUCACUCUCUGGUCCUGUGCCAGCAGAGCUUGGUCGCUGCAGCAACCUCAUCUGGCUUGAUCUCAACAGCAACAACUUCUCCGGUGCGAUACCGCCGCAGCUAGCAGCACAGGCAGGGCUCAUCACUGGAGGCAUGGUUUCUGGGAAGCAGUUCGCGUUCCUGAGGAAUGAGGCUGGCAACAUCUGCCCAGGUGCUGGAGUGCUGUUCGAGUUCUUUGACAUCCGUCCGGAGCGGCUGGCCCAGUUCCCUGCUGUGCACUCGUGUGCCUCCACGAGGAUAUACACUGGGAUGACAGUGUACACCUUCAACCAAAGUGGGAGCAUGAUAUUCCUUGAUCUCUCGUACAACAGCCUCACAGGCACAAUUCCGGCGAGCCUGGGGAACAUGACGUAUCUUGAUGUCCUUAACCUGGGGCAUAAUGACCUUACCGGUGCAAUUCCAGAUGCGUUCACAGGGUUGAAGGCGAUUGGUGUCCUUGACCUCUCGCACAAUCACCUCACCGGUGUCAUCCCUGCUGGACUGGGGUGUUUAAAUUUCCUAGCUGACUUCGACGUCUCCAACAACAACCUCACUGGUGAGAUACCCACGUCAGGGCAGCUCAGUACAUUUCCAGCAUCCCGUUUUGAGAACAACUCCGGCAUCUGUGGCAUCCCCUUGGAUCCUUGCACGCACAAUGCCAGCACUGGAGGUGUUCCUCAAAACCCCUCUAACGUGCGGAGGAAGUUUCUCGAAGAGUUCGUGCUCCUUGCAGUGUCGCUCACCGUGCUCAUGGUGGCCACCUUGGUUGUCACUGCAUACAAGCUCAGGAGGCCCCGUGGGAGCAAAACUGAAGAGAUUCAAACUGCUGGGUAUAGCGACAGCCCCGCAUCGUCCACCAGUACAAGCUGGAAGCUUUCUGGUUCCAAAGAGCCACUGAGCAUCAAUCUGGCGAUAUUUGAGAAUCCGUUGAGGAAACUAACAUAUGCCCACCUGCAUGAGGCUACCAAUGGCUUCAGCUCGGAAGCUCUUGUUGGCACAGGAGGAUUCGGUGAGGUUUACAAGGCUAGGCUCAUGGAUGGCAGCGUUGUGGCUGUCAAGAAGCUGAUGCAUUUCACAGGCCAGGGCGACCGGGAGUUCACUGCAGAGAUGGAGACCAUUGGCAAGAUCAAACAUCGCAAUCUUGUGCCGUUGCUAGGCUACUGCAAAGUUGGCGACGAACGUCUGCUUGUGUACGAGUACAUGAAUAAUGGAAGCCUGGAUGUCUUGCUCCAUGAAAGGGACAAGACUGAUGUGGGUCUUGAUUGGGCAACAAGGAAGAAGAUUGCAGUUGGCUCGGCAAGAGGACUGGCCUUCCUCCACCAUAGUUGCAUCCCACACAUCAUACACCGGGACAUGAAGUCAAGCAACGUGCUUCUUGACGAUAAUCUCGAUGCCUACGUAUCGGAUUUCGGAAUGGCGCGGCUCGUGAAUGCUGUUGACUCACAUCUAACCGUGAGCAAGCUCUUAGGAACACCUGGUUAUGUGGCUCCCGAGUACUUCCAGUCGGUUAUUUGCACAACUAAGGGCGACGUCUACAGCUAUGGCGUUGUUCUUCUGGAGCUUCUCUCAGGGAAAAAACCAAUCAAUCCGACUGAAUUCGGCGACAAUAAUCUCAUCGACUGGGCAAAGCAGAUGGUUAAGGAGGACCGGUGCAGCGAGAUAUUUGAUCCUAUAUUGACCGACACAAAAUCCUGCGAGUCGGAGCUGUACCAGUAUCUGGCGAUUGCUUGCCAGUGCUUGGACGAUCAACCUAGUCGCAGACCUACGAUGAUCCAGGUCAUGGCAAUGUUCAGUGAGUUUCAGAUUGACUCUGGCAGCUUCUUCUUGGACGGCUUCUCGCUCGAUUCGAUAGAGGAAUCAUCUGAAAAAAAAUGUGUAAAUGUUAUUGAUCCCUGCAGAUUAUAUGAUUCACUGGAUUUAGGUAUUAGCUUAGCCAUGUUUAACUCAUGUUAACAGGAUACAAACAGAUGUAAAUUUGUUUCGGUUGCCGUACAUAGUACACAACAGCUUCAACACAGAUACCAUAUAGAGUUGUUUCACAAGAUGGCACCGGUUUAGUUGAACUGAUUGAUGGCAUAUAAGCUUGGAACUUGUACAUUUAUCUUCA